CACUGUAUAUCUAUACCUAUCUAUAAGUGGGUAUAUUUUUUUCCUUGUGAUUGUCUUGACACGCCAUUAUUUUAUUACCCACACAAUAGGUAGACGUAAUAAGAUAGAUUUCAUCGUCUGCCAGUAAGAAUAUAUUUUUCACGAUUAUGUUGUUAUAAAUAAGACGUGUACCAUAUUCACAAGUAAAUCGACUUUCAAUUUAUUUAUGCCUAACAUUUAUAAAUUAUAACACUAUUUAUACUUUUAUCUAGAGUUUUUCUUUCUAUUUGAAUGAGCUGAGAAUUUGAUGAAUACCUAGUUUUAGUUCGUAUGUAGGAACAUACGUAACUUAAUUAUUAAACAUAGGUGUAGUCAUGGAGAUUCUAAGACCAUAUUAGAUGAGUUGAAGCAGCUAGCGUCAUCCGUAACUGAUCCAAUUGACGAACUAAUAUUGGAGAAUAACGCUAUUUCGUCAAUGCCUGCCAAUGCUUUUUCAACUUUAAAAAUUAUACGAUUAAUGUUACGUGAAAAUGGAAUUCAAAAAGUUGCAUCUAACUGGUUGUCUGAUCAAGAAACUAGCAUACUAGAAUUGUUCAUUGUAGAAGCAGAGCUUAGAAGUUUUCCAGAGGAAAGUUUAAUGGUGUUACCUAGACUAGAAGCGCUAUCGCUUAUUGCAGGAUCAUUAACGAGACUACCAAUAAUAUCUGGCCUAGCUAGAUUGAGGUAUGUUCAAAUCGAAGCAUCUUCACUGAUAAACAUGGGGACAGGAAAUUUUUUGGGGUUACCAUUUCUAGAGCAGUUGCAUAUCACUGGUUCUCCGAAAAUGCAAAAAUUGGACGUAGGCACAAUACAGGAUUUGCCUCGACUAUUUUUGUUAAAUUUCACUGAUUGCGGAAUCACGUGGAUGCACCCUAGAGCUUUCGCUCGCUUGCCAUCACUUGUUGAACUAUCAUUGGUCGGCAACAAGUUAGCUGAUGCGUCUAAUAUCGGAGGAGCAAUUAGAGACUUGACCUCAUUGACUACAAUCAGGCUAGAUAGAAAUGAAUUAGAAUUCAUUAAUGAAGCCACAUUUGUAGAUAUACCGUCAUUACGUCACGUUUACCUCUCCACGAAUAAGAUAAGUGACAUACGCAGGGGUGCGUUUCAUCGAAUGCCCAAUCUGAAGUCAAUCGAUAUAAGCAAAAAUCAAGUACGUCACAUUCAUCCGGAGUCAUUCACUGCUGUCCGUGAUAACAACCUUGAAGAAUUAUGGUUAUCUGAAAAUUCUAUAGACAACGCGAUGACAAUAAGACUAAUUUUAGACAUGUUUCCUAAACUUCGUUUUUUGGAUGUCAGCAGAAAUCAGUUACAGGACAUCAUUUAUGGAUCUGUACAGGGACAUUCAAGACUAGAAAUGUUGUAUUUGGAACAUAAUAAACUACAAAGGGUUGGCAGAGAAACAUUCACCGCUAUGCCAAUGUUGAGAGAAUUGAGAUUGUCCAAUAAUUCACUGUCCAAUUAUCUAGCAAUUCCUUUAUGGAAUUUACCCAUGUUAAAAGGGCUUGAUAUAUCGUUUAAUAAAUUUGACAAACUAGAGCGACGUAUGCUAGCUACAUUACCAUCAUUAAGACGAUUUGAUAUUAGUAACAAUAUUGUUUCAUCGUUGGAUCCGACCACUUUUAUCGAUACUCCAAAUUUAGAACACAUCAAUAUAUCUCAUAACAACAUAGAUUCCAUAAACUCUCUAACACUAUCACAUUUAUACCAUUUGUAUGAAUUCGACGCCAGUUACAAUAAACUUAACCAAUUUGUUGGUGGUAUGCCAAGAGCCAUCGAAUACUUAUACUUGUCUCAUAACAAAAUAAUGAGCUUGCCAAGUGAUAGCUCAACAGAUUUACAUCUACCGGCCUUGAAGCUUCUUGAUGUUUCAGAUAAUGGAAUUCAUAGAGUACCAUCAAAUUCGUUGACUGCUUUAAAUUUAUUGCGUUGGCUCUAUUUGGGUGGCAAUUCAAUGCAACAGCUGGAUAAUGGAGCAUUCAGUGGGUUAAACCAAUUAGAAAUUCUGACAUUAAAUGACAAUAAAUUACUAAGUAUACAUCCAAAUACUUUUAAGGAGUUGCCUCUUCUUAACGAAUUAAAUUUGAAAGGUAACAGAUUAGAGAUUUUAGAACCUUCUUUGUUGGCUAAUAAUGAAAAAUUGAAAAAACUGGAUGUAAGUCAUAAUAGACUAACUGAAAUUCAUGAAUCAUAUUUUUCUGUAAAUAAGGAACUCGAGGAACUAUCUAUUUCUCAUAAUUCUUUGUCGGAGUUUCCGUCAUCAUUAGCAGCGAAUCCAAAAUUAAAAAUUCUAGAUUUAAGAAAUAAUGAAAUUAAACAAAUGAAAAGUGGAAUGGUCUCAUCAAUGCCAUACUUGAAAGAGUUGUACUUAUCAGAAAACAACUUAAACAUAUUAAAUGAAGGGGCCUUCCAACAUCUACCAAAUUUGACUAUUUUAGAAAUGGAAGGAAAUAAUCUUAAUACAUUACCUUCGUAUGGCAUUCAAAGCUUGCCAAAUCUUAUGGUUGUAAAAAUGGCUAGAAACAAAUUGGUUUCCUUACCAAGUGCAGCUAUGGUGAAUCUACCAAUGUUACAAAUUGUCGAGCUCCAACAAAACCAACUCAAUGAGAUAGCUAGUGAUGCAUUUGUUGGUAUACCAAAUUUAAUUAUGAUGAACUUGAGCCACAACUAUUUGAAUGGGAUGGAAAAAUCCGGUUUAAAUAAUCUAAGAAACUUGGAAGUCCUUGAUUUAAGCCAUAACAAGUUAAAACAAAUAACUACUAGAAGCAUACAAAAUAUGCACUCAUUAAUCAUGUUAAAACUUGAUAACAACAGAUUGUGUAAUAUUGUGGGAAGCCCAUUUGAAGGAAUGAGCCGCUUAAGAGUAUUAAGCUUAAGGGACAAUAAGAUGACUUCACUCUCAGAAUCCACGUUUAACAGCAUCAAACCUACAAUAUCCCGUUUGGAUGUCGAUGGUAAUCCAGUACACUGUGCUUGUAACAUGAAGUGGUUGCAAUCAUGGCUGAGAACAACAGCAGACAGUUUUGGGCCAAGGUGCACCGACGGUACUUUGCUUAGAGAAAUGCCCUUUACAUCCAAACACUGCGACGAAAAAGAAUCAAACAGUAUAGAGGAAAACAUUCCAGGCUGUGAAAUUGAAUCUGUUCCUGUUAGUAAUGCAAACACAGUGACAUCAAAUAAGGUUACAACGUGGACAAACAGCGAAGAAUCAGAUAAAAAUAAACCACUUCCAGAAGAAACUGAUUAUUUUUACGAUGACGUUGUCGAUCUAAAUGAUAAAACUGAACUUCAAAGAGGUUUUUCAACUGAGAAAACAUUGUCGACAAUAUCUCCUGCAAUUUUAUCACACUACGUACCUGGCGAUACACCAACAUUGUAUGCCAGUUCUCGGCCUAAUACUUCUUCUUCUUUCACCGAUGACCACUCGGUGCAGAGCAAUGCCGGUGGGACUGCGUACACGUUUUUCGGCGUACCAAUACCACCACUGAAUUUGAAUAAUAUAUGGGGCCAAGCCAAAGGCACAGGUAAAAGACUCAAGGACGGCAGACGAAAUUCAUUGCCAAAAAGGACAUCAACAGUAGACCAAGAUAGUUUUACACCAAUAUCACCUGGCACUGGUGGUUACCGACCAAUGAUGACUACUCCUGAUAAUAAUUUCUUCGGAGAAGAUGUGGAAAACGAAGAUGACGUAGAAAAUAUUUACAGAAACAAUAAUGUAUCCAAUAAAAUAACAGGUUCUGGCAGUCCACCUCGGUAUCAACUCAGUAGUACCACAGAAUCACCAUUCCGUUAUGAUAGAUUUUCCAGCAGUGACUUAAGUUAUUCUAAGUUCAUAAACAUCACGACUCGUGAUUCCUUAUUCGAGUCAGCCACUAUAAAUUCGAUCAUUAGACCAACUGCCAAACCAAGUAUAACCAACAACCAACAACAAACGUUGGCGUCAGCUACCACCUUACAAAGCGAUGAUUCGGCUAACCAAUCUGAAAUUUCACUUGUUCAGCUGUCAACAGUGGGACCAGCGACGACGAGCUCGGCGACCCAACAACAGCGCCAAUUUUCUGCCGUCACGCAGCCGGCCACCGCAGCAGCGUCGACGACGGCGCCCGGUACGACCGGAGCGGCCUCCGAAGCGGUCAACGUGUCCACGCCGUCGUCUCUGACGGGUUUCUUAGCACCCGGUGGUCAGCUGCCAGUGCACAAAGAUGAAACCAGUGGUCAGGUGUUGGUGCACAAAGAUGGAACCAGUGGUCAGGUUCCGGUGCACAAAGAUGGGACUGGUGGCCAGGUUCCGGCGUCGCACAAAGACGGUGGCGGCGUAGUAGUAACCGGCAAGCCGUCCAUCAUGAAAGUGACGUUGAGCCCGCCCGGUCAACAGGGCCAGCCGCAGCAACAGCAACCGCUACAACAGCAACAGCUACAGCAACCACAACAACAGCCCCAGCACCAGAGGCCCCAUACAGCAGUGGCAGAAGACCCUAAGUACCCGAAGAGUGGCACCAACAACCAUCAGCAGGCGUACCAACUGCCACCGCCUACCAGGUCAACGGACGCGUUCCAGUCGACGCCGUUCAAGACGAGUUCCGCGAGCGACUGGUACUAUGCCAACUACAACAAGACAAACGUGGAACCGUUCGUCAGCAAGACGUCGUCCAAGGCAUCCCGCACUGGACACCCACCUACUGUUUCAGCCUCUGCAGCAAUUGCUGCGACUGCCCUGGCGGCCGUUUCCGGUUUCGGACGAUCACCCGCAACACUUGUAAUACCAUACUGUACACUGAUCUAUAUUUUAUAUUAUCAUUACUAUAAUAACUAUUAUUAUUAAUUAUCUUUCACGAAUUACAGUAUAUAACUUAUACCUAUACAUUUAUAAUUUACUUAUAAUAUAAUAUAUAAAUAUUGUGUAAAUUUAGAUUACGUAUUGUUACAUACGGGCGAACCUCUGAACAUAUUAUGUAAUUAGUGUUAUAUCAACAUAUAGCCUAUAGUGUAUACAUUAUACGAUAAUUGUACUACUUGAUUUGUUUUCAUACUUCGUAUUCUCGUAGAUUCAGUUACUGAAGGGGCUGCGUCCCUCCUAGAAUUUUUGAAAAAUUUAAAAAUGCCUCCAGUGUUCUGUAAACGCGUUAGAAGCAAUCAUCGAGUAUUAAAAUUAUCAUUUUUACGAGGGUUGUUUCAAAACUUUAAAAUGUCAUCGAUCCACACAUCAUCAGCAAACUAAUGCGAGGGGUAUCCUAUAAUUGGAAUAGUAAUCCCAUUUUACAUCCCUCUACAUAAUAAAUUAUCAGCCCCUAAAAGGAAAUCCUGUCCACCCCACUGAUUGUAAUACAUCAUAAUGUAACUAUUAAGUAAAAUAUUGGAAUAUCGAAUGUACCUAUGAAGAGGAAGCCACAUCCACAUGUUUUGUCUUUGUCUUACAAACGUACAACAUGGCACAUUUCACGUAAACAAUAAUUAAUUUUACUCUGUUAUUUUAAAAUUAGAGUGAAUGAUAUGACCCAUGAUACAAUUUAAAGGGCAGACUAUUAUCGAGGGCAUUCCGGAGGAUAAUGUUGAUAUUAUAUUUUUUAAGUAACUAAUGAUAAUUUUAAAAUUUACAAAAACCAAAAAGUACAGUUUCAAAAAGAUCAUAGCUUCUUUCAAAAUAUCAAUGAAAGUCUCCGAGAUUCCCUAGAUAAUAAUCUUACUUUUAAAUUUUAUAACUGGUAAAUAUUCACUGUAAUUUUAGAAUUUAAGAAGUAUAAUGUAUUAUUGUGAUCAUAAAAUUUACCAUGUUGUACGUGUGUAAGACGGAGACAACACACCUGGUUGUGGCGUCUUCUUAAAUAUAUUACAUAAUUAGGUAAGUAGCUAGUAGCAUUGAUUAUAGCCAAUGGUAGUUGUAGAGAUAUUAUACCCAUAUGACUAAAAAUCAGUACUUAUUAAUAUGUUAUAUUAUAAUAAUCGAUCAAAUUUUAUUUCACAUCCGCGUGGGAAUAACUAUUUUACGCUUUACUGUAGUUAUCGUGUUAUGUUGUAUCGUAUAGCCUUAAAUUAUAAUAAGUAGAAAAUUAAUUGAUUUUCGUCGUUUUUUUUUGUAACAAAUCCUAUGAAUACUAGAAAACAAAUCAUUUAUGCGUACCUAGGUAAUAAUUCUGAUCCUAAUCACGCCAAGAUGUUAUUAUAGCAUACUGUAUAGAUUUAAAAUUAACGAUUUUUGGAGCAUAUUAUAUUAUAUUAUUAUAAACAUAUUUUUGUACACAUCAAAAUAAAUGGUAACUACUUUUAAAAUAUAUACUUUAUAUUAGUCUUAUUAUAUUAGUCUUUCAUUUAAUAUGCCUAUACCAGAUAUUACCUCUGUUACAGUUGUAAGUUAUAAUGUAUCUCGUGUAUACCGAUGUUAGUGUAAGUAUAUGUGUAAUGUAGUAUACCGUAUACCUAUAUGCACCAUUGUAUCAUAAAAAUAUUAUAUUUGAUGGUUUACAAAAUAAA